AUGUUUUAUGCCCCGAAAGAGGAGGAUACCAACUGUUUGGUUUCGCACGUUGGCCUUUCCAGCCACGUGCAAAACACGACACCAGAGUGCAGGAUUUUCUUAAUGGCCCAGCUUCAUCACUCCAUCAACAACCAACGGAAGAGACAUUGGAGGGGAAAUUUGGAGGGGCAAGUUUUGUUCUGUUCAGUUUGGCGAAAAAGGCCGGGACAGGAAGGAAGUGGAGGACAAUUUUGUGGCAACGGUCUCGAAGGACUGUUCUGGAGAAAGGGGGACGGGGGCCAAAAAUGGGACAAAAUUCAUAUCUUCAGACUGCGUAUCACGGAUCUUGAAGGAACGGGGAAAACUACAGACGAGAUGGACGGCCGGUCUCACGGUCUUUCGCCGGCAGACCCGAGCAUCUCUGUCUCUCGUGUCGAACUGCCAUGCCAUGACUCCUCGACCCCCGCUUCCUCGUGCCUUGCGCCGCCCCCUCUUAGUCAAGAACUCAACGCCCACUAG